AUGGAAGAGAGAGCGCAACUAGUGCCAGCUGGCAAGCUAACGGCUCUGCUGUCUUUGAUAGAUAAAGAGGAAAAGAUAGACAAAGAAACCAUUUCAAUACUCUCGCAGUUCACUGAAAAGUACAUCAACGACAUUCUGACAAGAGCAGCACUGCUGGCCAAGCACAAAGGCAGCCAAAUAGUCACAGGGGAGGAGAUUAAGUUUGUGCUGGAAAAAGAGUUUGACUGCUUCAUUGGCUCGGGCAUCUGA